UUGCGUAGCAUUGCAUCAGACUUUUCGAUGAUUUAUAUAAAAUAAAAUUAAAUUACAGUUGUUGGAUUUUUGAAGUUUAGCUGAAGCAAUAAUCCUGAUGAGGAGGGAAUGAUCAUCGCUGAUGCCGACGUUAAUGAUAUUCAAAUCCGGUAGCUUUUGAUAUUCAAACGUGUUGAAGGAGGGUUUUGUCCACUCGAUUAUUCGUCGCUGUCGGAAGUUUUGGAGAUUUUCUACAGACCCCAUUUUCCGUGUUCCGGAAUAGGAGCUUCCACAGUUGCGAGAAGUUAUUUUUCCCUCUAUUGUGCUUAAUUCGAGUCUGGUAUUUAUUUUCCCCAAUUUGCGGAAGCUGAAGAAAUUUUUACAGUUAUCCGGUGAUCGAAUGUUUUGUCUGUGAUUUUUGGAUCGAGGGUUUUGCUGAUUGGGCAUUUGUUUUGUCGAUUGAUUUUUGCUGAAUUAGGAAGUUGGAUUUUGACUGUUGCAAGGAAAUCGAAAUUUCAUUUGAUCGAUUUGGUACAAGUUUGAAGGCCAUAGAUAGUUCUAUGGAGGAAAUGUUGGAUAUCGAUUGACUGAGGGAGGGAGAAUUGUGUGAUGUCAUCGACAUCUCCAUCCCCAAAUUCGCCGGUUGUUCCUCCGCCGAUUUCUCCUCCGCCGGAAAUUCCUAGUGUGCCUCCACCGUUGCCCAAUUCUCCUCCGACGGAAAUUCCUAGUGUGCCUCCACCGUUGCCCAAUUCUCCUCCGCCGGGAAUUCCUAGUGCGCCUCCACCCCCGCCCAAUUCGCCGCCGCCUGAACCUCCGUCUUCGACUGCACCAUCACCGCCGCCUCUGCCCAAUUCACCUCCUCCGCAGACGCCGCCUAGUUCACCUCCACCGCAACCUCCCAUGGCUUCCCCACCGCCUACGGUUCCACCUCCUCAACCAUCUACUCCAUCAUCACCACCUCCGACCCCCCCUCAACCUAGCUCACCGCCGCCUCAGCCUCCGCCCCAACCCACCUCACCGCCGCCUCAGCCACCGCCCCAACCUGGAUCACCGCCACCGCAGCCUCCGCCUCAACCUGGAUCACCGCCACCGCAGCCUCCGCCCCAACCUGGAUCACCGCCACCACCGCUGCCUGCGACCCCUCCUCCCAUCACCGCCCCACCGCCUCGAUCCCCACCUCCACCAAAUCCUCCAACUGUUCCACCGCCGCCUCCUCAACCCAGCCCCCCAUCUAGAUCACCACCACCACCUCAGUCUCCACCUCGACCUAGUCCCCCGCCGCCGUCUGAUCCUCCUACUUCAGCACCUCCGCCAUUAAGUCCCCCAAUUACAUCCCCACCACCCACCCCUAUCCCACCGGAAACUUCACCUCCAACUCCAUCAGUGAUUCCACCCCCAAAUUCCCAACCACCAAGAGAUCCAGCCCCCCCUCCUCCAUUUCCAAAUCCUUCAACACCACCGACACCGCCUUCUCCCUCCAACCCACCAUCGCCUCCGUCUCCUCCUUCUCCGGUCACACCUCCACCCGGCAACAAUAAUUCCAGCAACAAUGCACCAGAAACAUCAGCAAGCACAACCAGCGGCGGCAUUGGGACCGGAGGCACGGUGGCCAUUGUCGUGGCAGUAAGCCUCCUAUUGCUCGGAAUAUUCGGAAUUGUAGCCUUCUGUUUGAAGAAGCGCAAGAAAAGGGAUUCUAGCCAUGGCCACAGUGCCGGUUACAUUAUGCCAACCUCCAUCUCUUCUUCUCCAAAAUCAGAUUCUGGUUUACUGAAAGUUCAAAUAUCAGGACAAAACUAUCAAAGUGGCUCCGGCAGUGUUACUAACCAUUCGCCUCAUGAACACGGCGGUUUGGGCAAUUCGAGGUCAUGGUUCGCCUACGAAGAGUUAGAUUAUGCCACUAAAGGAUUUUCAGCUCAAAAUCUCUUAGGUGAAGGUGGAUUUGGUUCUGUGUACAAAGGGACACUUCCUGAUGGUAGGGAGAUUGCAGUUAAACAGUUAAAGAUCGGGGGAGGACAGGGGGAGCGGGAAUUCAAAUCUGAAGUCGAGAUUAUAAGUCGAAUACACCAUCGCCAUUUGGUUUCACUUGUUGGCUAUUGUAUUUCAGACGAAAGGAGGCUCCUUGUGUAUGAUUACCUCCCUAAUGACACCCUGUACUACCAUCUUCAUGGUGAAGGUCGGCCGGUUAUGGAAUGGACCUCACGCGUAAAGAUUGCUGUUGGUGCAGCACGUGGGAUUGCUUACCUCCAUGAAGACUGCAAUCCUCGCAUUAUUCAUAGAGAUAUCAAGUCAUCGAACAUUCUUCUAGACUACAACUUUGAUGCAAGGGUUUCCGAUUUUGGACUUGCUAAAUUAGCUAUGGAUGCAAACUCGCACAUUACCACACGUGUGAUGGGAACGUUUGGAUAUAUGGCUCCCGAGUAUGCAUCCAGUGGUAAGCUGACUGACAAGUCUGAUGUGUUUUCCUUUGGAGUGGUACUGUUGGAGUUGAUUACCGGCCGCAAGCCUGUGGACACAUCUCAGCCUCUCGGGGAAGAAAGCUUAGUCGAAUGGGCUCGGCCAUUGUUGAGCCAUGCGCUCGAAACAGAGGAAUUCGAAGCAUUAGCAGAUCCGAAGCUUGAAGGACACUAUGCUGAAGUUGAAAUGUUCCAACUGAUCGAAGCCGCAGCAGCUUGUGUGCGCCAUUCGUCCGCAAAGAGGCCUAAGAUGGGACAGGUUGUGAGGGCUCUGGACAGUUUGGCUGUCUCGGAUCUGACAAACGGAAUGAAGGUAGGAGAAAGCGAAAUAUUCAACUCAGCACAACAAUCUCAAGAAAUCAGAUUCUUUCGAAGGAUGGCAUUCGGCAGCCAGAAUUACAGCACGGAUUUUUUCAGCCAUAAUAGCUCGAGCAGCGACAGUAAACCCGAAAACAGCCACGGAGAAUGACGACGGCAUCAAAUGGCAAGAUACCAUCGGUAGCAACAAUUCAAGUUUUUGUAAGUAGUUUUCUUGAUAGUUCAUAUAUAUAUGAAUGUCUGAUUGUGGCAAAUUUUCCCUGUAAAUGAGAACAAAUUUUUGAUUGCUUUCCCACAAGGUUACCCCUUCAUUGAUGGGAAAUCUUCUAUAUAUAUACACACUGAAUUCAAUAAAUCAUUGUUACUGUUG